GGUGACAUCAUCCCCAGCUCCAGCCUGCUGAGCCCUGCAGCUGGCUGCACCCCAGACGGCCUCAGCUGCUUGAGCCUGAGGCCCAUCCUCCCUCCCAGCCCCCACGCAGCCUCUGGAGUAGGGGAGAGAUAGUGGACACAGGGGCUUGGGCAGGGUACCUGGAACAGCCCCACACAGGCCGAGCUCCUUGCCUGUCGCUUGGAUCUCUGAGUAGCUGCUGUCGGCCUCUCCUUGGCCCCAGCCAUGAAGCUGCCCAAGGGGGCCAGGAACUCUGUGUUCUAUGGGCAGCACCCAGAGGAGAAGGUGCAGGUGCCCUCAUGGCAGGAGGUAAAGCAGACCCCUGUGAUCAUGGCAAUGAUCAAAGGUCCAGGCCCUGCCAAGUACCUCCGGCCAUCCUGCACAGGCUACAUAGACCAUGACAUCUCUAUGUUUCAGGAGCCAGCCUACACUCUGCACACCCGGCACUCGGAGAAGCGUAUUACGGACAUAUGCAGUCCUGGGCCUUGCUACUUCUUGGAUCCCAAAAUAACUCGGUUUGGAAUGUCCAGCUGCCCGCAGGUCCCCAUGGAGGAGCGCAUCUCCAACCUGCGCCUGAUCCCCACUCCAGCCUCCUGCCACUACUGCUUGGAGAAGACCCACCCACCUGGAGAACGCAGGGCACCCCAGCACACUUUUGGCCACCGGUGCCCAUACAGAGUCAUGGACCCCAAUCCAGCCCCCAACCAGUACCAGCUGCCAUGCUUGCUGGGGCCCAACAACCCUGUCAACAGAGCCGCUCCUUGCUAUAGUCUGGCCUCCGGAGAUAAGAACUGGUUCUACAGGGAGAAUGUAGCAGGAGGCCCUGGGCCGGCCACGCGCACCCGGCCUGAGCCGUCUGUCUACCAGAACCGCAGCCCUGUCUACAGCAUGGCCAAGCGCUUCACCUACCCAGUGGACCACACGCCUCGGCCUGGCCCUGGCUCCCACAACGUCCAGCAGGUCACGGUGCACAAGCCCCGCACGCCAGCUUUCACCAUGGGCAUCAAGCACUCCCCCAACCUGUGCCCGCUGGUCAUUGACAUUCACGACUGAGGCCCCUCCUGGAGUGCUCGCCCACCCCUCCCCACAGAGGUUAUUUUUCUAUACCAAAUUGAGCAACUUACUAAGGUUUCAAGUAGCAGAGCUGGUGCCUGCUGCGUCCAGCACACAGAAGGCAUUAGAUAAAUAUUUUCAUUAUUUAUUCCUUCCUUUUGCAAACACUUGCAGGUACUUCCUCAAGUCUCUGCCCUGGGUGAGGGGAUACUGGGGAUACUGGGAGGCACUGUAGGGGUCCCUGCUGGGAGGAGUUCUGUUCCAGCUCACUGGGGAAGGCAGCCAUGUGAACUCCAAAGAGGUUCGUCUCUGGACAAAGCUAAUUCUGCCACUAAUGUGCCAUGUGGCCUCUGCAGCUCCUGCCCCUCUCUGGGCCUCAGAGUUGCCCUUUGGACAGCGAGGGUGGGGGGUAGGCCUGGAGGAUGUCUAAGUUCCCUCCAGUUCCAGGACUGUGUGACUCUGAUUCCUGACAAUGGUCAGUACCCAAGUGGGUGCAGGCAGGGGAAGGAGGGGUCAUUCUGGUUGAGGUGGGGGGAGAGGGGAGUUCUCUCGGGGGAACCCAAGAGGCCAGGCAGAAUCAGUGUGUAGAGGGAGGUAUUCUUGGUGGAGGUAAAGAUGAGGGCAAGAUCAUGCAGGUGGGACCAAAAAGUGCAGGGCAGGGAACUGGGGAGGCUCAGAGUGGCAAGAGCCUGUGCUGCAGGAGGCUGGCUGAUUAUAGGACGAGCUCGUGGGCAGCUUAGAGAGGACUCAGGCUUUGUCCUCAGUGUGAUGGGGCUCCAUCAGACGCAGUAUUUUCAGAAGAGUCUUUGGGCAGUGAGAGAAGGUUGGACAGGAUGGGCAGAACCUGGAGGCUGCAGUCUGCCUAGGGAGGAGGCAAAGGGGCUGACUGGGCUGCUGGGUGGAGGGUCUGCGUGUCACCUGCUGUCUUUGGAGAGCUGCUUGUGUGUCCCCAGCCUCAGCAGCUUAGCCUUGCAGUGCCCGUUAGAGGAGGAGCCACAAACUAGCCAGGAGGGGGCAGUGUUGCCUCGCUCGUGAGUCCAGGCCUGUGCCUACCACCCCUACCCAUUCCGGCUUCGCUGCUUUUGGGCAGACAAGUGCCAGUGCUCCUGUGGGUCUCUGGGGAAGCUGGGGUCUCUGGGACUGGUCUUUGUACUUCAUUAAUUCUUGGUAUGCAGAUCCCCCAUUCUGACUUGCCCUCACCUUGGGACCAGCCCCUCUCCCAGCUCCCUGGGCCACAGGAGGCGUGAGGGACACUUCCACUCCUGCUCUGCAGCCUGGGGCCUGUGGUGGGACGGAGGGCAGGAAGGAUGGAGGGGGAGGGGCUCAGGGAAGCAGGGGAGGAGGUGGAAUAUCCCCAGACCCUGUGGCUCAGGCAGAGGCACGUUCUUCUGCGCCCACUGCCCCAAGAGCAGAGGGAGGCAAGAAGAAAGGGCCACUCAAACCAGCGUCUGAUGGCUCAUCCUUGCAAAUUUGAGCAAUAUUCAGGUUUUAAUUAAAAAGAAAAUUGAAUUGAAGGACUA